AUGUUGUUUAAUUUUUACAAAAGUAAUAGAAAAAAUAAUGGAAAUAAAUGGCAUUCAUAUUAAAUGAUAGUUAAUGAUUUUAAAGUUACAUAUUUUGAUAUAUAAUUUAAGCAUUUCUACACUUUUAAUUAGUAGAUAUUUACAAAUUGUUAAUUUUUUAAUUAUAAACACAAGUUAUUAUUUAAAUAUAUUAAUUUAUUUAUAAUUUAAAAGUUAUAUAUUUAAAAAAAUAGAAUGAAAAAAUACAGAAAUAUAACAUUGGCAUAUUUAUUUUGUUUUUGUGUAAGUUUAAAAUACUUUUCAAAAAAAUUAAAAAAUUGA